GCCGAAAGCACGCUAAACGCACACCGGGUGGGCCGGCAAUCGUCAAAUUCACGCAAAUUCAAAUUGCCGCGGGGUGACGGAGUCAGCGGCCAGCCCGUCCUUAACGCCUUCCGGUAUUCCACUCUCUUAUGGCAGCGAGGUGACGUUAACGCAACGCAGCGUGGGCGUAAAAAUUGCACGAGGAAAGCUUCAAUGACUUUGCACAGUGCAAUAAUACACCAUCUGAAGGCUGACCUGAGACUGCGCCGCGGUUGAGCAGCCCCUCGCCUCUACACUACAGCCCUCGCCAUGGCGCCGCCGCUUCUGCUCCCCCUCAUGCUCAUGUUGUUGCGCGGCCUGGCGGACGCCGCCCCCGAGGCCGUGCCCGCCGUGCCGUGGGACUCGCACCAGCAGGCCGUCGACGGCACCCUCGGGGUGCCCCUGCCUCUCCCCGAAGGCUUCCUGAUGGGGACGGCCACCGCCGCGUACCAGAUCGAGGGCGGCUGGAACUCCUCUGGGAAGGGCCCCAGCGUGUGGGACGACUACCUGCACCGCGAGCCCUGGCGCGUGGUGGGAGAGGCCAACGGCGACGUGGCCUGCGACUCGCUGCGCCUCUACCGCAGGGACAUCCAGAUGAUCAAGGAGAUGGGCCUCGACACGUACCGCAUCUCGUUGUCUUGGCCGCGGAUCCUGCCGGAUGGCACACUGCUCAAGGUCAACCAGGCAGGCGUCAAGUACUACAACGCCGUGAUCGACGAACUGAUCAAGCAUGGGAUACAGCCGAUCGUGACGCUCUUCCACUGGGACCUGCCUCUGCCGCUGCAGCAUCUGGGCGGGUGGAGCAACCCCGCGAUAGUCGACUACUUCGAGGACUACGCCCGCUUCGCUAUCGCCGCGUUCGGGGACAGAGUGAAGCUGUGGGUGACGGUCAACGAGCCGUACCAGGUGUGCGAGUUCGGCUACUCGGACGUCAUCAUGGCGCCCUUCUACAACUUCACCGGCGUCGCCGGCUACCUCUGCACGCACUACAUGCUGCUGGGGCACGCGCGCGUCUACCGCAUGUACAAGCGCGACUUCGCCAGCCAGAAAGGUCGCAUGGGGCUGGCCAUCCACGCCUACUGGUUCGAGCCGGCCAACCCGGACGACAAGCGGGACCACGCGGCCGCGGAGCGGGGCAUGGAGUUUAACCUGGGGUGGACGGCGCACCCCGUGUUCGUGGGCGACUACCCGCCGAUCAUGCGGAGCAUGGUGGACCGUGCCAGCGCGGAGGAGGGGCUGCUGCGGUCCAGGCUGCCUCGCUUCACCCGCGCCGAGAUCGACGAGAUCAAAGGCUCGGCCGACUUCCUCGGCGUGAACCACUACCAGUCGCUGCUGGCCGCGCACAACGACUCGGUGCCCGGGCCGUCCGUGUAUCGGGACGCAAAGUACACCGGCUCCUCGCAUCCCUCCUGGCCUGGCUUCUGGACCAAGAGCACGCCGUGGGGCUUCGGCAAGCUGCUGCGCUGGGUGCGCGACCAGUACGGCAACCCGCCGGUGCUCAUCACGGAGAACGGCUACUCGGACCCCAACAACAACAAGCAGGACGAGGACCGCGCCGCGUACUUCAAGGGCUACCUCCGCGAGAUGCUGCUGGCCAUCCGGGACGGCUGCAACGUGUUUGGCUACACCGCGUGGAGCCUGAUGGACAACUUUGAGUGGACCCUUGGAUACUCGGUCCGCUUCGGCCUCUACUUCGUGGACUUUGACCACCCCGACAGGACGCGGACCCCGAAGCUGUCUGCCGCGUUCAUCCGCAACGUGACACGUGACCGGGCAGUGCCACCCUGAACGGACUUCUUGUGACUCUUCAUUGUCGGGCCGAGUGUAAUGUGAUCUGGUAAAUGUUUGAACACACUGGCCUAUAUUCUGUAAGUUGUAAUUAUUGUGAUUUUAGUUGUAUUGAAUUCUCUCUGUAGGCUGUAUUUUUAUUUCUCUACCGAGUAUUACUGGUGCUGUGACCUUAUUGUUACGUGAAUAAGUGCAGUUUUGGAA